AAAAAGUAGAACCACAGAAAGCGUAGAAUCGUACUAGAAAGCGGAGGUGAAAGUGAAAAUAAAAUCAUAACAGCGUGAAAACUAGCACCAUUUAUGAGCGGUGUGCGUUCAGCCGUUUAGCGGCUAAAUUCCCAGUAGCACUAAGAGAUCUAAUUCGAAUCUAACAAUCGGUUCAGCUGUUGACGGGAAGCUUAGUGUUCCAUUAAUUGUUAGAAAUUAUUCAGAAAGUUUUCGAUGAAAGUCCCAGCAGUUAGUUAGAAGCAGUCAACGCACUCACAUCGCGCCAUGUCAUCCACCUUGGUAACCUCAGUUCAGCUAGGAUCAGUGCUGAUUGCGUUAGUAUUCUUCGUCGUUAUCAUCCAACCAGAAGCCGAUGGCUUCAAGUACAUUCGGGCAUGGUCGGACGAAAAACCAAUUUGCAGUAACAGCAACCAGAAAUUGCUGUCCUUAUUUAACUUGCUGUGCAAUCAAACGCAAACAACGUCGAUAACGGCGCGGGAUGCUUGCUACGGGUGCUUUUCCCGGGCCGGGAUCCUCCCUUCUGGUCAGUCGCAACUACUUGCGGUUAGCCAAUGUGCGACGCUUUAUCUCACCAACACCAGUUACGCCACUUGUUCUAGUGGAUUAGCGGCUAUCGCCACCGGUCUCCGACCUACAACUGCUCCGCUAGCCGGAACCAACUGUUACACUGGCUACUGUGAGUUCGUACGAUGCAUCCGGCGGAUCAACGCCAACGCACUGGUUAAUCAGUGUAUUCUGCAGACGCUGAACAACCGCAAUUUGAACCUAGAAUCCGAUCGUGUGGGGUUCUACUCCAACGCCACGGCCUGCAUCCUGGCCCGUGCUCGCUGUGCCGCGUACAAUCCAAUCACCGGUGAACUGCAAACGCCUUCCAUACCCAUUAAUCCACUGCUGGGCCUACCCAACACAGGCAUGUUGACCAACUCACUACAAGUGUCCCCCCUGGGGGACAUAAGGAUAAUUUCCUUUCCCUCCCAAAUCAUGGUGGCGGAUUUGUUCUGUUCGAUUCCAACCGGCCUCGAUCAGGCCAGUUAUGGAGAUUCGGUAUGUUAGUGUUAUUGUUAGUCUCGUGAUUUUUGUUCAAA